UAUAAUACAAACGUUGAGAGCAUGUCACUAUACAUAUGUAUAGUGACUACAUGAUCUAUAACGUCAUUGGAUUUUACAUUUUUUUCCUCGAAAGGUGUGCCCCUUUGUGUAGGCCAUUUUGUGCGCGUCAUGUCCCAAGGAAUAGUCGUUAUAACCACUAAGGGAUCCAGAUUACAUUGAACUGCAAUAAGCUUGGUGCGAAGACAUUUCGGAAAAACGUUAGACUCUGACUACAUAUUUUGCAGGACUCUACUCACAAAUUUUAAUCAUGUCUCAAAUAAUAGAAAUUGUGAAAAUUGAACACCCUGAAACAACGAAGCAAGAGAAUGUACAGGAGGAGGUCGAACUUAUAUUCGGUGACUCACCGAACGAAAACGAUGUACAGGCUGCAGUUACUCAGGGGGAAUUGGUUUUCACUGCUCAAACUAUUGGACACAAUACCCAAAUAAUUCAAAUUGUAACCGAUUAUGAAUGCGUGACCUGCCGUCGAAUAUUCACAUCUGAAAAUUUGCUGAAGGACCAUCUAGAGGUAUGCCGAGAUGAAGAUGAUCGUUCGGAUACUCUAGAGAUUGGGCAAAUAGCGUAUAAUUCAGAUGAUGAGGGUGUCGAUGAUCCACUUCACGAUAAUCAAGACGGCAAAAAUGAAGUGAGAGGAUCAAAGAAUAAUAAUGGCAAAACUGCUAUAAACCCGGUAGAUACAGGAAAAUGUCACUGCUGCGCAGAAGAUCUAGCUACAGCACAUACCAGGGGAAGGUUUAAAUGUUCAAAAUGUGAUUUUUAUUUCAAGAAGGCUUCAUCUCUCGAAAGACAUGAUAUUGUAAUUCACUGGGGAGGUGAAACUCUCCUUUGCAAAGUUUGUGGUGUUCCAUGUAACAAUAAAAGGAGCCUGGAUAAACAUCACUACACUUAUCAUGCCCAGCAACAAGUCCACAAAUGUGAACGUUGCGAUAAGUAUUUUUCCCGGAAGUACCAUUUGGACCGACAUGUGAUGCAAACUGGAUGCGAUGGUGUAUCCCGUGCCAAUUACAUUUGCCAAGUUUGCAAUAAAGUAUUUACCCGUAAGGAUAACUUACGCGAGCAUUUGCGUAUGCAUGCCGGAGCACCACAGAGACAAAAAAAGGCAGCUUGCUCUUACUGCUCCAAAGAAUUCUACACUAAUCAACAGCUGGUGAUUCACGAGCGUAUUCAUACCGGGGAGCGCCCUAUUUCGUGUGAUUUGUGCUCCAAGACGUUCCUCUCGACUCCUGCAAUGAAAAAACAUCGUCGUGUCCACACUGGCGAGAAGCCAUUCAAAUGCAAGUUUUGUGACAAGAAAUUCGCUGCUCGUGAAACCUUGAAUCGCCAUCAUCGAACACAUACUGGAGAUAAACCACACGUCUGUCAGUAUUGUGGUAAAACAUUUAUACAGGCGGUUCAACUCCGAGCACACGUUUUCCAUCACACAGGAGAAAAUGCAUUCUACUGCGAUGAAUGUGGCAAGGCAUUUAAUCGCAAAACGCGCCUUACCGUACACAUGAAGUUCGUCCAUCAAGGAGCCGUACCAUUCCAGUGCAAAGUAUGUGAAAAAUCGUUCAUUCGCAAAGAAGAUCUUUCCAGACAUUCUGUUCUUCAUACUGGAAUAAAACCACAUCAAUGCGAGAAAUGUUCAAAAUCAUUUGCGGUAAAAUCCGCCCUACGUGUUCACAUGAAUACGCACAGACGUGAAGUGCCACAAUCUUGCGACGAGUGUGGGCGUGCAUUCAUUAGACAAGAUUGUUUAAUGCGGCAUAUGCGAACCAAACAUAGGGAUAUGCUAGAAGAUGCGAUGGCAGAAGCUGAGAAACGUCAUUUACAGAAACAAUUAUUCAAAAUUGCAACCACCGCAGCUACAAAAUCAACUGAGGGAGCUCCUGUUACAAUUUUAUCCCAAGACAAAUUACUUAAAGCUAUUGUGGAGUUAUUGACACUACUUGUCGAAGAAGAAACUUUACAGGCUUUUGGCUGGCCUCAAGCACCGAUUCAAGAUGUACUGGAAGCUGUCAUUCGGCGCUGUGGACAUCUGCCGCUUUCUUCGGAUAGUGAUCUGCUAUUUGCUCAGCGUCUGAGAGAGAACGUAAAAAUUUUGUUCACCGUGGUGAUCGAAGAUGACACUGUAAAAUCACUUUUGACAACACAAACUGUUGAUGAGGUAAUUCUACACGUUCUUAAGUUAUCCAAAGAUAAAUAAAUGCUAUGUCAGUCCAAAAAUGAAACAGACAAAAAAUCAGCGAAUAUUUUCAUAUGAUCUACGUCAUCUUUCAACGUGAUCAUCGUUCAAGUUAUGCUUGCUUUGAAUUUCAAUUCUACGAUUCAUUCUACUAUUAUUAUAAUUAUGUUAAAAAAUCGUUGAAAGAUGUAACGAGUAUCGGAUACUAUAGUACUAUAGUGCGUACCUAUAGGCAUGUUAGAGACUCGAAGUCUUCAUGAUCGAUUUCAUUUUCUUCAAUGAAUUGAAGAUUGUUGCCCAUCGUAAAAUAUUUAUAGAAUAUAAAAUAAGAAAAAGAGAAGAACCAGUUGAAAUUAGAUUCCAGAGUGAAAUUAGCUUUCACACUCACUGAUAAUUAUCAGUUAUUUACCAUAAUUGAAAAUAAGUACAGUCUAAUUUCGUUCUGAAAUAAUAACUAAUUAAGAUAUAAAAGUUUAAUUGGCCAAUGAAGACGAAACACAUCUAUUUUUAAAGUUGUCAUUUGACAUGUGCGGCCGUUCGUUGAUAUUUUGUUACGUUAUUCUAGUAUUACAGUUCCCGUAGCAGAGGUGACUAUAUGGGGUAGGAACGCUAACAAAGUAUUGGAAAUGGAUAGGUUUAUUUCACUUUCAAUUAAACAGGUUCGGCUUUGACAGGAUUGUGCACGCUCGUUGUGAGAAAAAAACUUUCAUGACUCGUAUUUUUUUCGUUCGUUUAUCAUCUGUUUUAAGUUUACACCAUGUUUUAACAAUUAUGUUUCACCAAUAAAACGAAGAUUCCGAAUA